UCGGGUGUCAUCCCAGUGUGACACAUGAAUUUUGUGACAGCAUUGCGAUGGUGACGCCUAUCAGUGGUUUUCUCCGGAGAUUGCCGCUCGCAUGGUUGGUGCUAGCAACAUUUCCGGAUUCCUUUCCUGACCGUGUUGUGACCUCUGCUUCAGCGAAGAAAAUUGGUGGACCAGUUCGCUUAGCUGGCCCCAAGAAGGAGAACAAAUGGAGGUACUUGAGCAAAUUUGGCUACGACAUCGGCACUGGGAGUUUCGACUUCCGUUUCCAGUUGUCAGCGCCAAAAAGUAUCCCAGAACCUGCGGUGAUUCAGCUGGAGGUUUACCUCGAUGAACAGUGGGCUGAAGUAGAGUCUGAACCUGUGAUGUGCGAUCGGCAGAGAUAUGCUAAGCAGGUUCGGAAUAUUUCUAUUGGCCCUGGCGCGAAUUGGACUGAUUGGUCCACAGGCACCUUGAGCCAAAGUGUCCGGCCUCACAUAUGGUACUUUGUUGUGUCUGAUUGUCGGCACACGCUGGCAAACUUCACGCACAGGCUAAAAUUCGAAUUCCACGCCAAGCAGGCAAACGGGUCUGAGUUUAGCGUGGAGAUGAAAGGAAUGCUUCUUGCCAACGCACUAUUUCUUGGAUCUUUCAUUGUGCUGAUGCAUUGGUUCAUAAAGAGGACAUUGGCUUUUGCAAAAAGUGCAGGCUAUGUCCAUCCAGUGAUUUGGACUCUAGCGUCCGGAAUGAUCACGCAGUUCAUUGCUCAGGUGAUGCACACCAUCCACUUGUUGGCCUACAAGUAUGAUGGAGAUGGGCUGAAGGCCUGUGAGGUCCUCUCCGAGAUCCUUUUCAUGCUAGCGCAGGUGAUUCAGACAUCCCUGCUCAUAUUGAUAGCUCUGGGCUAUACACUCCUGCAGUCCAAGAUUGGGGAGCUAGACUUGAUGAUCCCAAUGUGCUUCAUGAUUGGGGUUAUACACAUCAUGUUGGUCGGCUUUGGCAAGAUCAAGGAUGACGCGUCCUACAAAUAUCACGAAAAUGAAGGAGUCAUUGGCUGGAUCUUGCUGGUGCUUAGGUUGGGUCUUUAUGGCUGGUUCUUGUGGGCUGUUCAGUCCUCUGCGCGAGAGGGUGGCUUCAAGAUUGCAAACUUCCUGCAGCAAUUCCGUAUUGCGGGGUCGUUGUAUUUCUUGGCUUUCCCAGGCAUCUUUCUCGUAACUCAGCUAUUUGCUCCCUACCUGCAGCACUUUGUCAUGACAAUAGGUCAAAUGUUCAUGCAGACCGGCUUCAACCUCUGGCUUUCCUCCCUCUUUCUGACUCGAGGAGAGUACUUCAAGGCACUGGACCCCCUUCACUGGACUAGUUUUGGCUCCUGCCAAGCUACAGACCGUCCAGAGCCGUUUGCAACGUCUUAA